UCUAAACCCAAUAAUUAAAAAAAAAUCCUAAUUUUCUUAAUAAACUCUCUAAACAGAAUUUCUGAAAACUUCUCCAAACAGGGAAUACCAGCAGUUAUGAAUCCAUCAACACAUCAAAAUGGUGGCCAAAACCCUAAUGUGCUGCAGCAGCAGAAGGAGAAGAUGAAGCAGAAGAAGGAGCAGAUGUCAAUGAAGAAGUUGAGAGAAGCAGUCUUCAAUUUGGCCAACAGUGAACCAAAUGUGCGAUUAUCAGAGAAGCAAAAAGUAGCUCUUCAACAACGCAUUUCACAAUUCUUCUCUCGUCUUACUACUCCUGAUCAUCCUCCGUAUGCUUGGAUGAUUGAAAAGGCCUUGCAAGAAUUGAAGGAAAAAGGGGGUUCCAGUGAAGACUCAAUAUCUGAGUUUAUUAUGAAAGAACAUGCCAGUUUGCCAUAUGCUCAUAUGACUAUGCUGAAACAUCAUCUACAGAAAAUGACUGAAAAGGGAGAAAUCCGUAUGAUUGGAGGACGGUUUUUGCUUCCUGGUGAUUGCGAAAGCGUGGUUCCAAAGAAAAAAAGAAAGAGGAAGAAAAAGGGGAAGUCGGUUAUUAAAAAAAAGCAGUCGGGGCAGAAGGAAAAGGAGGAAAAGCAUGAUGAUGUGGAAGUUGUUGGAGAACAGAAGGAUUUGGAUGAACAACAAAAUGAUGUCACUGUUGAUGAAAAUCGUGGGCAAGAAAAUCAAAUACAUGAAGAAUAUUUGGAGUCGAAUGAGCAUCGUAAUGCACCGAGCACAGAUAAAGAAGAUGGGCAAUUAAGUGACCAGAAAAAUUCUGUAACUGGAAAUAAAGUUGUUUGUGGAAGAGUUCUAAGGAGUACAAUACAUAAGCAGAAAGGGAAAGAACAACUUGAUUUUACUGGAGGAUCACUGCAAUCCUCCAUUGCUGCUGAGAGUGCUAUAGGUUGUAAUUCGGAGUUGCAGCUAUCGCAGCUUAGUCUCAGCACAGUUGAGGAAACAGCUGAUAUUAGUAACUUAUAUCCACAAGAAAUUCUGGAAAAUGAACAACCUGGUGAUGACCUGCCUCUACUUUUAAGUCCUGAAGUACCUCCAGGUUUUGAGCUUGUGGUGGUGGAGGAUGCCACAGAAAAUAAAGCACAUACCUCUUCGUCAGUAGGUUUGGAUUUACCAAAAGAAGACCAUGUUAUGCCUCAGAGUUCUGACAAACCUAGUGAAGAGGAGGCUGUUGUUGAGGAUCUGUUGAAGACUAAGAAGCAGAAAAAGAAGCACCAUGGCUGGCAGCAAACAAAUAGGCCAAUGACCAGGGCGCUAGCGAAAGGAACAGUAACUUUAAAUGAACAGCCUAGGUCAGGUAGAAACAGAAAACAAUUACAGUUAGCUAUGGAGAGCUCAUCAGAUCGUGCACAAAGACAACUGAAGCGCUGGAGCAAAAGCCCGGUUGAACCUAAAUCAGUAAUUACCUCUAAACUGAAACAAUUGGCAUUGUGUGACUCAGCGGAUCAACAGUUAGUACUUAUGGAAGAGCCUUUAAGCUUCUCUAAACCAUUAUGUAUCUCAGCGGAUCAACAUGUAGUACAGAUGGAAGAGCCAUUGGCAUUGGCAAUAAGUGAGGAGGCAUUGAUUUUGACUGAUCCUCAACAAGAGGUGCAAUUGAAGCAGCCAAAAGUUAAGCGUCGUGGGAGGUCUCUCAAGGGCAAGGAGGAUGUGGCUGAUCCAGAUACUACACUUUUGAAGGAUGUAGGAUCAUCCAAGAAGCUAACAAAGAAACAAACUCAUCGAGGUGUAGGAAUGCACAGUAAAGUGAGCAUUGCAGUUCCUUCAUUCUCUCUUAUGACGACAAAAGGUCUAUACUUAAGUUAGGGUGUAUAUGAAGAAAUUAUUGGUGGAAACACGAAUCCAGAUUAGUCGGGUUGGUGAGUAGCAGAUACCGGAUGGUUAUACCAAAAGGCGAAGUGUAUAUGAAGCUCUCUCUUGGAUAUGUUUUAUUUCUCAAAUUGGAAUUUCAGUUAGCAUAUUUUAGUUUUAUCAGAAUCAGGACCUUUUCUUCAUAUGUAAAGGCCAGAUUUAUUUCUUUCAGUUAUUGUUUUGUUUAAAACUUGGAUUUCUUAUAAU